AUGUCUACUUCCCCUAGCUGCUCCUCAGUUGCAGGACAACCAGAGCUCGGCUUUGCCCCUGCUCAGGGUGUGGACUGGGACCAGUACCUCGCCUACCGCCCCACCUACCCAGAGUCGUUCUUCUCUCUCAUCCACAACUAUCACGGCCGCAAAUCCGAGGCCGCCUGGACCACAGCCCACGACGUCGGCGCCGGCUGUGGAGUCGUCUCUAGCAGGCUGGCCUCUCGUUUCGAGCACGUCAUCGUCUCAGACCCAAACGACGGGUACACCGCCCUCGCCAGGAGGCUUCUUCUCGCCGAGAACUCUCCUCUGCCAGAGCGGAACUUCACCUUCCUCCAGGAGCGCGCCGAGCAGAGCAGCGUGGAAGACGGGGCGGCCGAUCUCAUUUCCGCGUGCCAGAUGAUGCAUUUUGUGGACACGGGCGAGGCGGUGCGGGAAUUUGGCAGGCAGAUCAGGUCGGGCGGCACCCUCGUGGUGAGCUUCUACGCCGUCCCGCGCAUCCUAGGGAACGAGCCCGCCGAGCGGGCGUGGGAGGCCAUCUGGCGCGAGUUCGCGAGGAGAGCGACGGGCCCUCUCUUUGAUCGUGCGUAUAGGCUCUCCAAUGCGGCCUAUGAGCCUCUUGCACUGCCGGAAGGUGAGUGGAGGGAUGUCAAGAGGGUGUAUAUGAAUUCCCCUGGGAGCACGCGCCAGUGGAUGCUGAGUGGCGAUGACCGCAUCGGUGAGGACAGAGUUGGAGAGGGAGAGGAGAGAGUGUGGAUUGAGCAUGAUGACAGCUGGGCUGCUUUUCAUGACAUUGCGUGGCUUCGGGCUCACCUCGCGACACUGGUACCGCGCAUUCCGGAAUCUGAGCUGCAGCAGCUCUGGGAUGAGCUCGAGUUGGCCCUCGACGGGCAGAAAGUCAGGCUCGAAUUUCCGGUCGUGGUUAUCCUGGCGACAAAAACUUAA